AUGGCCAUCACUGUCCCCAUCAACUCCGGUGACCACUUCGACUUCAUCGUCGUCGGUGGAGGCACCGCCGGCAACACCGUCGCCGGCCGUCUCGCCGAGAACCCCAAUGUCCGCAUCCUCAUCGUCGAGGCCGGCGUGGCCAACCCCGAGCAGCUCAACGAGGUCAUGACGCCUUCCAACGCCAUGAACCUGCGCGGCAGCAAGCACGACUGGGCCUACAAGACCACCAUCGUCAAGCGGGACGACUACGAGCGCAUCGAGAAGCCAAACACCCGUGGCAAGAUCCUCGGCGGCAGCUCCUCGCUCAACUACUUCACCUGGAUCCCCGGCUGCAAGCCCACGUUUGACAUGUGGGCCGAGUACGGCGGCGAGGAAUGGACCUGGGACCCCCUCGUGCCGUACCUUCGAAAGUCCGUCACCUACCACGACGACGAGGGCCUCUACGACAAGUCACUCGCCAAGAUUGGCGGCGGCGGCCCCGUCAACAUCUCGCACGCCGAGCUGCUCCCUGAAAUGGCGCCGUUCCGCGACGCCCUGACAAAGGCCUGGGUGUCCAUGGGCGAGCCCCUGACGGAGAACAUCUACGACGGCGAGAUGAUUGGCCUGUACCACUGCGCCGACACCAUCUACAAGGGCCGCCGCCAGGGCAGCUUCCUGUUCCUCAAGAACAAGCCCAACAUCACCGUCGUGACCGAGGCCAUGUCCAAGAAGCUGCUCAUCGACUACGCCUCGCGCACCUGCAGCGGCGUCACCGUCGUGCUGGGCAACGGCCAGGAGAUGAGCUUCUACGCCGACCGCGAGGUCAUCCUGUCGCAGGGCGUCUACGAGUCGCCCAAGCUGCUCAUGCUCAGCGGCAUCGGCCCGGCGCGCGAGCUGGCCAAGUUCAACAUUGAGUGCAUCGUCGACUCGCGCCACGUCGGCCAGAACCUGAUUGACCACCCGGCCGUGCCCUUUGUGCUCAAGGUCAAGGACGACUUCGGCAUGGACAACACCAUCCUGCGCAAGAACGAGCUCAACGCCCAGGUCCACGCCGCCUACGCCAAGGACCACUCGGGCCCCGUCGGCUCGGGCUUCCUCGAGAUGGUUGGCUUCCCCCGCAUCGACAAGUACCUCGCCACGGACCCCGUCUACAGCGCGGCCGUCAAGGCCAACGGCGGCAAGGAUCCGCUGUGCCCCGACGGCCAGCCUCACUUUGAGCUGGACUUUGUGUCCAUCUUUGGCAGCGCCUUCCAGUGGCACUAUCCCACGCCAAAGACGGGCGCCCACACCACCGUCGUCGUCGACCUGGUGCGCCCCAUCUCCAAGCCCGGUGAAGUGACGCUCACUGGCCCCAGCUACCUGGACCAGCCCGGCAUCAACCUCAACUUCUUCGAGAGCGAGCUCGACAUCAUCGCCAUGCGCGAGGGCAUCCGCUUCAGCUACGACCUGCUGACCAAGGGCGAGGCCUUCAAGGACCUCGUCGUCCAGGAGUACCCCUGGGACAUGCCCCUCGACGACAACGAGGCCAUGCGCCGCGUCGUCCUCGACCGCUGCCAGACCGCCUUCCACCCUUGCGGCAGUGCCCGUCUGUCCAAGAACAUUGAGCAGGGCGUCGUCGACCCGGCCCUCAAGGUCCACGGCGUCAAGAACCUGCGAGUCAUUGACGCCUCUGUCAUGCCCGUCAUUCCCGACUGCCGUAUCCAGAACUCUGUCUACAUGGUUGGCGAGAAGGGAGCGGACCUUAUCAAGGCUGAGCACAAGGACUUGUACUAA